AUGGCGCCUUCGCGCAAUCGCAUCUCUGAGGUCGCCUCGACCGACGUGUCCAUGGUGGACGCUCCCGACGCGACUGACGACUACACUCCCGACCCUCAGGACACUCCCGACUACACAGAUUCGGACUCGAACCUGAACACCGCCACCCCUAGCGAAGCAGGCGAUGCAGCACCCUCGGACGGUCGCAGGCGUCGCUCGGAGGCUUUGCAGCUCCGUAAGAGCGUGCUUGGCAAAAAACACGACCGUCUAGGCGAGUCCAAGGAAGAUGACUCUAUUCGCCGAUUCCGCUACCUGCUCGGUCUCACGGACCUGUUCCGCCACUUCAUCGAUUCAAGCCCCAACCCCCGCAUCAAGGAGAUCAUGGCCGAAAUUGACCGCCAAAACGAAGAGGAAGCCCACAAGGCAUCUAAGGGACACGCGCGUAAGGGCGGCGCUGGCGGUGACCGUCGCAGGAGAACUGAGAAGGAGGAGGAUGCGGAGCUGCUUCGCGAGGAGAAACACGGUGGUUCCAGUGACUUGACCGUCUUCCGCGAAUCACCUCCGUACAUCCAGGGUCUGAUGAGGGAUUACCAAAUCGCUGGUCUAAAUUGGCUCAUCUCACUGCACGAGAACGGUAUUUCCGGCAUUCUGGCCGAUGAGAUGGGUCUUGGAAAGACGCUGCAGACCAUUUCUUUCAUUGGCUAUCUCCGCUUCGUCCGCGGCAUCACCGGACCCCACCUCGUCGCCGUACCCAAGUCCACCCUCGAUAACUGGAAGAGAGAGUUCGAGAAGUGGAUCCCUGAGGUCAAUGUUCUCGUCUUGCAGGGCCAGAAGGACGAGCGUCAGCAGCUCAUCAAUGAGCGCCUCGUGGACGAGGGCUUCGACGUCUGUAUCACCAGUUACGAGAUGAUUCUGAGGGAGAAGUCGCACCUGAAGAAGUUCGCCUGGGAGUACAUCAUCAUCGACGAGGCUCACCGCAUCAAGAACGAGGAGUCUUCCCUCGCUCAGAUUAUCCGUGUCUUCAACUCCCGCAACAGGUUACUGAUUACUGGAACCCCGCUACAGAACAACUUGCACGAACUCUGGGCUCUUCUCAACUUUUUGAUGCCUGAUAUUUUCGGCGACUCCGAAGCUUUCGACCAGUGGUUCUCGGGUUCUCAGGAAGAUCAGGAUACCGUUGUACAGCAGCUUCACAAGGUUCUGCGUCCCUUCUUGCUCCGUCGUGUCAAGAGUGAUGUAGAGAAGAGUUUGCUACCCAAGAAGGAGAUCAACUUGUACAUUGGCAUGUCAGAAAUGCAAGUCCAGUGGUACAAGAAGAUUUUGGAAAAGGAUAUCGAUGCUGUCAACGGUGCUGGCGGCAAGAAAGAGUCCAAGACUCGCUUGUUGAACAUUGUUAUGCAGCUGAGAAAGUGCUGUAACCACCCGUACCUGUUCGAUGGAGCGGAGCCCGGUCCUCCCUACACUACCGACGAGCACCUGGUCAACAACGCGGCGAAGAUGGUCAUGCUCGAUAAACUGCUGAAGCGCAUGCAGGCACAGGGCAGCCGUGUCCUGAUUUUUUCGCAGAUGAGCCGUCUGCUGGACAUCCUGGAGGAUUAUUCCGUCAUGAGAGGUUACCAGUACUGCCGCAUUGACGGUUCGACUGCCCACGAGGAUCGUAUCGCCGCCAUUGACGAAUACAACAAGCCUGGUUCGGAGAAGUUCUUGUUCCUGCUCACCACUCGCGCCGGUGGUCUCGGUAUCAACCUUACGACUGCGGAUAUCGUCGUCCUCUUUGACAGCGACUGGAACCCUCAGGCCGAUCUCCAAGCCAUGGACCGUGCCCACCGUAUCGGACAGACCAAGCAGGUCGUGGUAUUCAGGUUUGUCACGGAGAACGCCAUCGAGGAGAAGGUUCUUGAGCGCGCUGCGCAGAAGCUCCGUUUGGACCAACUCGUUAUUCAGCAGGGUCGUGCUCAGCAACCCACUAAGAACGCCCAGUCGAAGGAAGAGCUGCUGAACAUGAUUCAACACGGUGCUGAAAAGGUUUUCCAGAGCACCAGCGGCACUGGCGUUUUUGGUGAGGGUACGACUGACGACGACAUUGACGCUAUCCUGAAGCGUGGUGAGGAGCGCACCGCAAUGCUGAACGCGAAAUAUGAGAAGCUCGGUAUCGAUGACCUGCAGAACUUCACCAGCGACUCUGCGUAUGAGUGGAAUGGCGAAAACUUCGUCAACAAGAGAAAGGAAAUUGGCAUCAACUGGAUCAACCCCUCGAAGCGUGAGAGAAAGGAGCAAUCCUACUCGAUGGACAAGUACUACCGCCAGGCCUUGAUGACAGGCGGCCGGACGGCAGACACGAAGCCGAAGAUUCCCAGGGCGCCCAAGCAAAUUCAGAUCCAUGACUACCAAUUCUUCAACCCUCGUCUGCAGGAGCUUCAGGACAAGGAGACUGCAUGGUACCGCAAGGAAAACAACAUCAAAGCUCCCGUUCCGGAGGGCGAAGAAGCUGAUCUAGAGGCUCGUCUGGCAGAGCAGGAGUUGGAUCAGAAGGAGAUCGAUGACGCGGAGCCGCUGACAGAGGAGGAGAAGGAGGAGAAGGAUCGUCUGGCAGCGGAGGGUUUCGCCGACUGGAACAGACGCGACUUCCAGCAGUUCAUCAACGGAUCUGCCAAGUAUGGUCGGAAGAACUACGCCUUGAUUGAAGACGAAGUGGACGGUAAGACUGCGGCUGAGAUCGAGGCCUAUGCGAAGGUCUUCUGGAAGAAGUACAAGGAGAUUGCCAAUUGGGAGAAGUACAUCACUUCGAUCGAGGAAGGUGAAGAGCGUCUCAAGAAGAUCGAGCGCCAGCGUCAGCUUCUCCGUAAGAAGUUGAGCAUGUACCGCGCGCCUCUCCAGCAGCUCAAGCUCAACUACUCCGUCUCGACCACCAACAAGAAGGUUUACACCGAGGAAGAGGAUCGUUUCCUACUUGUUAUGCUGGACAAGUAUGGCGUUGACUCCGAAGGCAUUUACGACCGCAUUCGUGAUGAGAUCCGCGAAUCUCCGCUGUUCCGCUUCGACUGGUUCUUCCUCAGUCGUACUCCUGUCGAGAUCAGCCGUCGUUGCAACACUCUUCUGACGACUGUAGUCAGGGAGUUUGACGGUGAUGGUGCAAAGGCCACAAACGGCACUGGCAAGGGUGGCAAGAGGGGUGCGGAGGAUGAGGACGACGAGGAGAGUGAGGAUGAUACUCCGGCCAAGAAGAAGGCAAAGAACGGUGUCAAGAAUAAGGCGCUGGACAGUGUCCGCGGUGGCAGCAAGUCAGCUUCUGCAUCUGCCUCUCGUGCUAGCAGUGUUGUAUCAAACGGCUCUGCUACCACGUCAAAGGGCAGCAAGUCGAAGGGCAAGAAGAAAUGA